GGGAGGCCGCCCAGCUGCCGUUGCUUCACAGCCCCGCUCCCCGGGCCGGCCGGCCGGACCCGGCGCCGCGGGGAGAGAGGGGGCCGCGCCCGGCCCGGUGGGGAGAGGCAGGAUCCUGAUCCCGCAGCCUGAGAACGGCCGCCCCCAGCUCCAUGAAUGGAAAUCGGCAGCGCAGGACCCGUCGGGGCACAGCCCCUUCUUAUGGUGCCCAGACGUCCCGGCUAUGGCACCAUGGGCAAACCUAUUAAAUUGCUGGCCAACUGCUUCCAAGUUGAAAUCCCAAAGAUUGAUGUCUACCUCUAUGAGGUGGAUAUUAAACCAGAUAAGUGUCCUCGCAGGGUGAACAGGGAGGUGGUGGACUCCAUGGUGCAGCAUUUUAAAGUGACAAUAUUUGGGGACCGUAGACCAGUUUAUGAUGGGAAGAGAAGCCUUUAUACAGCCAAUCCACUCCCUGUAGCAACCACUGGGGUAGAUUUGGAUGUAACAUUACCAGGAGAAGGUGGAAAAGAUCGUCCCUUCAAGGUGUCAAUAAAGUUUGUUUCUCGGGUGAGCUGGCACUUGCUGCAUGAAGUUUUGACAGGAAGAACCUUGCCUGAGCCUCUGGAACUAGACAAACCAAUCAGCACUAACCCUGUUCAUGCUGUCGAUGUGGUGCUACGACACCUACCCUCCAUGAAGUAUACCCCUGUGGGCCGCUCCUUUUUCUCAGCUCCAGAGGGCUAUGAUCACCCUUUGGGAGGGGGCAGGGAAGUAUGGUUUGGAUUCCAUCAGUCUGUUCGGCCUGCCAUGUGGAAAAUGAUGCUUAAUAUUGAUGUUUCUGCCACUGCCUUCUACAAAGCACAACCUGUAAUUCAGUUCAUGUGUGAAGUUCUCGACAUUCAUAACAUUGAUGAACAACCGAGACCUCUGACUGAUUCUCAUCGGGUAAAAUUCACCAAAGAGAUAAAGGGUCUGAAGGUUGAAGUGACUCACUGUGGAACAAUGAGACGGAAAUACCGUGUUUGUAAUGUAACAAGGAGACCUGCCAGUCAUCAAACCUUCCCUUUACAGUUAGAAAACGGCCAGACAGUUGAGAGAACAGUAGCACAGUACUUCAGAGAGAAGUAUAACCUCCAGCUGAAAUAUCCUCAUCUUCCUUGUCUACAAGUGGGACAGGAGCAGAAACAUACCUACCUGCCUCUAGAAGUAUGUAACAUUGUGGCAGGCCAGCGAUGUAUCAAGAAGCUAACAGACAAUCAGACAUCAACUAUGAUAAAAGCAACAGCAAGAUCUGCCCCAGAUAGACAAGAGGAAAUUAGCAGAUUGGUAAGAAGUGCAAAUUAUGAUGCAGAUCCAUUUGUUCAAGAGUUUCAGUUUAAAGUUCGGGAUGAGAUGGCCCAUGUGACUGGGCGUGUGCUUCCAGCUCCAAUGUUGCAGUAUGGAGGACGGAAUCGAACAGUGGCAACCCCAAGCCAUGGCGUAUGGGAUAUGCGAGGGAAACAGUUUCACACUGGUGUUGAGAUCAAAAUGUGGGCCAUAGCUUGCUUUGCAACGCAGAGACAAUGCAGAGAAGAAAUACUGAAGGGUUUUACAGAUCAGCUGCGCAAGAUUUCGAAGGAUGCAGGGAUGCCCAUCCAAGGCCAGCCAUGUUUUUGCAAAUACGCACAGGGUGCGGACAGCGUGGAGCCGAUGUUCCGACACCUUAAAAACACCUAUUCAGGACUCCAGCUCAUCAUUGUCAUCCUGCCAGGGAAAACACCUGUGUAUGCCGAGGUGAAACGUGUGGGAGAUACGCUGUUGGGGAUGGCCACGCAGUGCGUUCAAGUCAAGAAUGUCAUAAAAACAUCUCCUCAGACUCUCUCAAACCUGUGCCUAAAGAUUAAUGUUAAAUUAGGAGGAAUCAACAACAUUCUUGUACCUCAUCAACGACCUUCUGUGUUCCAACAACCAGUGAUCUUCUUGGGAGCAGAUGUCACUCAUCCGCCUGCUGGGGAUGGAAAGAAGCCUUCCAUUGCUGCUGUUGUAGGUAGUAUGGAUGCUCAUCCAAGCAGGUAUUGUGCCACAGUGAGAGUUCAAAGGCCUCGGCAGGAGAUUAUCCAAGAUUUGGCCUCCAUGGUAAGAGAACUUCUCAUCCAGUUCUACAAGUCAACACGAUUCAAACCCACACGUAUCAUCUUCUACAGGGAUGGGGUUUCUGAAGGACAGUUUCGACAGGUGUUGUAUUAUGAGCUGCUAGCAAUUAGAGAGGCCUGCAUCAGUCUGGAGAAAGAUUACCAGCCAGGAAUAACCUACAUCGUAGUACAGAAACGACACCACACACGAUUGUUCUGUGCGGACAGAACUGAAAGGGUUGGAAGAAGUGGCAACAUUCCAGCUGGAACAACUGUAGAUACAGAUAUUACACACCCAUACGAGUUUGAUUUUUACCUCUGUAGCCAUGCUGGAAUACAGGGUACCAGCCGUCCCUCACACUAUCAUGUUUUGUGGGAUGAUAACUGUUUUACUGCAGAUGAACUUCAGCUGCUGACUUACCAGCUAUGCCACACAUAUGUGCGUUGCACACGAUCUGUUUCUAUACCUGCACCAGCGUAUUAUGCUCACCUGGUAGCAUUCAGAGCACGAUACCAUCUUGUGGACAAAGAACAUGACAGUGCUGAAGGAAGCCAUGUUUCAGGACAAAGCAAUGGGAGAGACCCACAGGCCCUUGCUAAGGCUGUACAGAUUCACCAAGACACCUUACGCACCAUGUACUUCGCUUAAAUAAAUCAAUAAAAUCGGAGCAUACUCACUGAAAGGAAGAACUGAAAAAUUAAGCCACAUACAAUGUAUGUUUCCGGUGGGGUCAGUUUAUGGGGUGCGCCUCCGAUCACGCUGAAGCCGACACUGUGCAGGGGCAAGGGGCUAAUCCUUAAAUUGACACGUGGAGGAUUGUUUACUUCAUCGAGGAACACAGCACUAUUAUGCAAUAUGAAACCAGCCAACUGC